UAAUGAAAAUAUUGAUGGUACACCCGUAGAUGCAAGAGAAAUUUCCAAUCCUGCGAUAAUUAUAUUAGGAAAUACGGGUUCUGGAAAAAGUACCCUGGGUAAUUGGCUUUUCGGGUUUCAAGGAGAUGAUCCAAACGCGACAUUUAAAACAGGGUGGUCUAUGGAUCCAAUUACUCAAGAAAGUCAAGCAGGCUUAAUUCGAAUUAAUGGAAAAAACUAUAAUCUCAUCGAUAUUCCAGCAGUAUUUAAUAAUAUGAGUAUGAGCGAUGUUAGGGACGAUGUUGUACUAAAAAAGAUUGCAGAAGUAAUUCUAGUUUGCUCAUAUGGAAUUCAAGCAAUUUUUUUCGUUGUUG